GAUAUAGCCAGGUUUCGACCAGAUAUCCGCAUACUCGUAUCAUCGGCAACGCUGCAAGCGGAAAAAUUCAGCGAAUACUUUGACGACGCACCAAUAUUCAACAUCCCCGGACGACGGUUCCCGGUGGAUGUGUUCUACACAAAACAACCAGAGGCGGAUUACCUGGAUGCCGCAGUAGUAACAGUGCUACAGAUACAUCUCACCCAACCGAAAGGGGACGUCCUCGUGUUCUUAACCGGUCAAGACGACAUCGAGGCGUGUGCCGAGGCGUUGACCGAACGAUGUAGGAAGCUUGGAUCAAGGAUAGGUGAACUACUAGUGCUACCCAUAUAUGCAUCUCUACCACCGGAUAUGCAGGCUAAAAUAUUCGAACCCACCCCGGAGGGAGCGAGGAAGGUUGUCAUAGCAACCAAUAUUGCAGAGACAUCAUUGACAAUUGAUG